AUGACUGACUACUUUGCAAAGAUGAAGGCUGCCAAGCAGUCGCCUGUUUGCGUGGUGACUGUGGCGGCGGAUGGACUGUCUGUGAACGCUAGGGCAUCGCUCGGGGAGGAUUACGAAGGUACGAGACAAUCGGUGUUCUCUGAUUUAAAUGUGGUUGGUGGUGUGGGAGUUGGUGGUGCGGGAUCGGCGCUAAACGUUGGUGGCCGGACGAAGACAUCAGUGGGAAAGCCGUCGGACAAGAAAACGUUGUUUCACUUGAAGGAUGCGCCAGGCGCGACCAUCUGUUGCGUGUCGGUGUCAUUCUCAUCUGGUGGUCAGAAGGCAUGUGGAGAAAAUAAAGACCCGGCCACAAAUUGUGAGAUCGCGAGUCACCGGUCUCUAAAGCCAAUUGACAAACUACAGUUUCCGGCGUUGUAUUGCCGAUGCAAAAAGCUAGGGAGAGGAGGAGAAACGUUUUUCUGGGACUCUCUUUCGUACGUGACGUUCAGUGAGCUGCCGCCAGACAAUACGGCACCUUGGCUCACAGCCAAGGAAACCAAGGCAGAUUGGACAAGUAAGAUCAUUGACUUGAGGUCCUCGAACGCUACCAAGGCUGACUCUAUCGAGGGAUGGAGGAAGCUCAAAGUGGAAGAGGACGACAAUUCGAUCUUGAGAAACUCGUUCACUCCGGUAAAAAGGGAGAAGUCGGUGACUGGAAGCGAAUCCUCCUACAAAUUCGUCGGAGAAAAAGGAGUCAAACUUGCGGCUCCGGACUUUUCAGAAGAAACUCCGACAAUGUCUGCACUUAAGAAGAAUGACACUUCCAUGGCGUCGGACAAUGGUUUGUACAGGUCAGCCUUGCUCGAGAUCAAGUCGGACCUUGACGAAUUGAACAAGUUCGUCAACUCCAGCGAUACCAGGACUCUGAACCGGCUCACCGGCACAAUCUUGAAGGUAAAUGCUUUGACUCUGGCUGCAAACACGUUCGGCCGGCGGAUUGGUGAAGGUUCUGAGUUUGAAAACAUUGCGGGGUAUUCUACUAUGUACGAUGGUUUGCUGGGACUUUAUCGGGACCAUAAAUCAAGAGUUGAAGAAAGGACGGCCAAUUUCCAGGCGUCAAUAGAUCUGGUGGAACACGGGAGUCAACAUGCUUUGGCGGUUGUGGAUACAAAGGUAGAUAUUAUGGGGACUGCAGUGCAAGGUAACACGGCGGGUAACUUGGAAACGAGGAACACUCUCGAGGUAUCUAUGGGUUCCCUCUGCAAUGACAUUCUUCCGGCAAUAGUAGGAAUGUAG